AUGGCUUCCCAGGUCCCUGCAAAGCAGUUCAGUCCUCUGAAAUGCUAUCACACCAACGAACAACCCAAGAUGUCUCGAAAGGACCACGAAGGAAUAUUAAAGAGAAUGUACAUGCCUUUCGUGAGAGGCCCGGAAGACAGGCAUUACUUCCCCAGUUUUGAAGAUCCGAACAGUAAUGCAUUUCUCAGAUUUGGAGUUUCACCCGAAGAGAAAAAUUACUCUUUGGCUCCACUUCGAGACGAUGUGCCCGUCACUGAUACCAUCACAGAGUUCAUUAAUGUGGGAGCUGAGGCAGACCAGAAAAUAACCUCCUGCCCAUUUAUUGAAUCCCCUCAGGAUGGCAAAGAUUGGCCCCUUCCCCAAGAAGUAGCACCCGUCCCUCCUACGAGAACCCGGACUGCGAGACCUUUGAUUCAGCUGAAGUGCCAAAAACAAGAUCAAUGUUGGAACUCAACGUCAAACCCAGAAGUUUCUCUAAAGGCACAAGCCGCAAAAUUGGCAAAUCCAGUAAGAGUGAGGCCUGCUCCACUUCCAGUCGAAGAAUGGUACUCACCUCAUACAUUCAUAUUUAACGUGGGCUCGGAUACAAAGGUCAGCGAUCCUUCCUCGGAAGCUUACCGAGAUAAGCUGGCCCUGAAGUAUGUGUACAGCACAACUACUCAAAGGUUGCUGAAGUCAUUCGGGAUCGGCUCCAAACACGAUCUUUCCAUGUACCUCAACGGCCAGGAAGACAAGGUGCUGAACAGUAUCAAGGGCCAUCCUCCGGGGUUCCCCAACCAGCUAGCCCCCUUGUCACAGCCUGGGGACCCCCAUUCCUGGAAAGAGGGGAGCACUAGCCCAGCAGAAGCCCAGCUACGAGGAGGCUGUAACACCACCCCUGGAUACACCGGCAAGGUUCAUUGGUCAGCCACCCAUCCAGCAAAUUCUAACGUCUCACCAGCGCUGCCAUCCACAAUUUCACGAUUGCAUGGGUACAUGGUGAAGGAAGGGCAGCCAACCAAAUUUCCCCAUUUGGGACCCUUGUCGAGGGCUGUUUCCAUCAGCAAACCUUAUAAUCCUUUCAAUAAGGGGAAAGAGUUAAACUUUGUUCGUUAGGACGAAGAUGACAGCCAGUGAAAUACAGAAAGAGACGUUUGUGGACACCAUGUUAAACAUAUUCAUGAAUCAAAACUUUGUGAUGCAUAUUUAUUUGUUUGUUUGUUUGUUACAUUUUGUAUACCGCCCACCCCCAAAGGCGGUAGUUGUCAGACUCUAGAUCUGAAGCCAAAUAAAAAUCCAUAACCAGC